UAUAAAUUAUAGAAUACGAUAAUUGUGUUUGUACGUGACAGGAUAGAUAUAUGUAUGUAUGUUCAUCGAUAGAAAAUACAUAAUAAUAUGGCGUCGAUGAUAAGAACCGGCUGAUUUGUUGAUGUUUUAUACGUUUGAUUGUGGUUCUCGAAGAAAAGGUGAAAAUGAUCAAAAUCUCGGCACUUAACGAAGAAUCUAGCGAGGAAAGCGAAGAGGAGGAUGUGCCUACGAUUACUAAAGAAGCUCAAGAACAAAUAGCACUUACCGAGUACAAUAAAGCCUUAGAAUUAUUAAGAGAUAAUAAACAUAAAGAAGCUUUGAAUAUUUUUAAGGAGCUUUUAGAAACAGAAUUGCUGGAUGAAGUUGAGAAACCUGAAGUAUCCGAUGGCAGAUCAAGGCCUAUGUUGUCAUUAAAAUAUUCCUGUUACAAAAAUAUUGGAGCUAUCGAAGCCAUAUGGGGAAAUUAUGGCGCUGCCAUAGAAAAUUAUUGGGAGGCUGCUAAUUUGGAUGAUUCCGAUGUAAUCUUAUGGUACAGAUUGGGUACCAUGGCUAUGAAAAUUUCUAAUUUAGAAUUAGCAUGUGCAUCUUUUAAACAAGGACUGAAAUGCAAUUCAAAUCAUUGGCCAUGUUUGGAUAACAUCAUAACCGCCCUAUACGCUGUUCCAGACUAUAUGAACUGUCUUUUAUAUAUUUCUUUAGCAUUAGAAAGGGAUCCAAAUUACAUUAAAGGCUUAGCUUACAGAGAACAAAUUUUCAAAUCUAUUCCGUGUUUAAAAGAAUGUUAUAAAUUGUAUAACAGUGACUGGAGAUUAGAUCCGCCGCUUUAUACAGAUUACAAUCAUAUGAUAGGGGAGGAAUUAUUGGUGGAAGCAGAAAAGGUUGCUCAAAAAUGGGCGGAAGUGUGCAAAUCAGAGUUUAUUCCAAAAUCUGUGCCAGAAUUAACGUUAAGGAAACCUAUAAAUAAUUAUACGUGGCUCGACUUGGGAGAAAGUUUAUUAGAUAUGCACAGGUUUAUUGUAGAAAGUACUUCAAGCUUUGUAAGUCGAAUUAAACUAAUAGUUAAUAUGCCUAAUGUCGAAGCUGUGGAUAAAAAUGAUGAAUGCGAUGUUCAAGAAACUAAUAUGGAUAUGGAAAUAGAAGAAUUACAAUCUCCAAAUGUAAAUGUGGCAAACGACAUAGAUAAGGAUAUGAAAAUUGAUAAAGAAGAAAUUGUUAAUCAUGCAUUCGAAGGAUCAGAAAUUAAUGACGGAUUAAACGAUGUGUUGAAUACAACGAUAGAUAUGGAAAUAGAAGAAGAUAAAAAAUCAUGUUCAACGGAUAUACAAAUAAUAGAAGAUGAAGAUCCUUUAAGAAUUUCAGAUUUAGAUGUUUUAAAUGAUGUGUUACAAUUUGAAGAACCGAACCAAGCAAAAAGCACCGAAUUAGAUGAGCCUGUAAUGUCUGAAACUGAAGGUAAUAGUGAAAAACCUCAAAUAGAAAAAGCAAAGAUAGAUCCAUAUAAUACCGAUAAUGGAAUAAUUAUGGAAAAGUCUAGCGAUAGAGAAAGUGACAAGUCCAAUGAUAAGAUCUAUGACAAGGUUGCUGAAAAUUCAGCAGAAGCUCCUAAGAUAGAUGAAAAGUCGAAUGAAAAAACUGAAGGAAAGGAUGAAGUUCAAAAGGUAAAAAAAAGACGUAGAAGUGCUUUGUGUUUCUUGCAGCAAUGGGCUUGGAGUUGUAGCAGUAUGAGACGAUCGGCACGAGUACGUAGUUCAAAUCGAAGAGAAGCUGAAAGAGACGACGUUCAAUUAGAAGAAACACUUAGAAGAAUAUUUCCAAGCACGUUAUUGUCAGAUACGGUGAAAUUAACUAAAGAUGAUCAUUCGAAAAGUAUGGAUGACACCAUGGAUACCAUGGACGUAUAUCAUUUAUUUGUAAAUCAAGAAAAUAAUACUGUCUCGGGAGAAGGAACUAAGAGUUCUGAUAGUUCUAAAUCACCAAGUCCCGAUACAAGCCAACAAAUAAAAUAUUUUGGAUCAGAAUUAGAAAACGUCGAUGUGAGUGCAUUUAUUAACGAAUAUAGUGGCAAGAACAAUUUAAUGGUGAUCAUAGCAAAAUUUUGUGAAUUCAUAUGUACAAAGUGGGCUCAAGAAUGGCCGAAAAAAUUAUCGGAUAUAUAUUUAGAAGCUUAUUUAUGUACAAGACAACAUAUUCCGCAUCCAUCACCAUUCGAUGAAGAUCUGGAUGACAAUAUUCUAAAGUUGAAUGCUGAAAUGACAUUAUUAUUUGGAGAACUUCAUACAGAUAAAUGGUUAGAUAAUAAACCUGAUCUGGUAGCAUCAUCAAGUUUAGACAAACUGGGAACUGGUAUGCCGUCAGAAGAAUUAGGUUAUAUAAUAUUUACCAGCAUUCGAGGAGAUCUUUCAAAUCAAGAAAACAUUUACAUUUUAUUAAGAGUUCUAUGGCUGAAAGCUACUAUCUUUUUAUGUCAAGGAGAUACGGAAAUUGUUAUCGAAACAUUAGAAUUGCUGAUGGAUCAAUUAAAAAUAUUGGGAAGUAAAAAUCACAAUAUUUGCCUUAUACUACCUAAUUGUAAAUGUAAUUCCCAAAUCAGUCUUAAAAUAGUUGAGAAAAAACUAAAGUCCAUACAAAGGAGUCAAAAACUUGGUGAGAUACAACAUUUAUACGAUGAAAAGAAAUAUGCAGAAUUGUCUUGCGUUUUACAAGAUACGUUCAAAUUCGCAAGGCAAAAACAUAAGUUAUUGUCUGCCAAUCAAAAUAUAAUUGAAAGAGAUAAACAAUUAGCUAUCUUAUUGGAUAGUUUAUGGCAGCUUCAACAUUAUGAGGAUUGUUACGUAUGGGCAGAAGCUUGUCUGAACGAAUCAUGGCAAAAUUAUUUGAAUGCUUGCGAAGAUGCAGAGCAAAAGAAAUGGACACGUUCUGUCGUUAAUUGUCUUGAAAAAUUAGAAGCUUGUACAAAGGAAAUAAGUGUGUUUGCUGUAAAAUAUUUACCAGAAUCUUGCCUUUCAAGAUUAGUGCAAAAUUUAGUUCACAUAGUAUGUCAUCAAUUGGAUAUACCAGAAAAUGCAUUAGAGAUGCCACUUGAAACCGUCUUACCUUGGAUUUUAUUACAUUAUAUUUUACAAUACGAGGAAGAUAAAGAGAGAGCAAAGUCUGAAUCACCUUAUAAAAACAAAGCACAUAAUUCACAUAAUUCAGAAUCAGAUGAUGAAGAUGAUGGUAUUCCACCUUCCAUAAUGAUUCUAUUUAUUGCUCAUGAUUUUAUUGGCAAACACUCGUGGUGUUGUUUUCAUGAUGCAAAGCUCUUAUUCUUUACGAUGAAUCUAAUAAUACCCAAACUGGAAACUCCACAAUUUACUACUAUAAAAAACAAACUUACCAAAUAUUUAGAGCAAAUUUUCUAUUGUUUAUAUGGACACCCGAAUAGAUUAAAUAAGUCAAAACCUAAACAUCUUGAGGAGCACGGAGCACCUCAAAUGGAAUUAACAUGGGAAGGAGCACAAUUAUUAUUCGAUUUUUAUAAACCAAAACAAAUGCCGAUAUUAGAAUCACCUAGGCUCGCUGCUAUAAGCGUAGAUACUGAAUUAUUGUUUAAAAAGAUAACUAGAUUAGUUCCGCAAGACAGUGAUCCGAACCAAAUAAUCGAAGAAAUGAAAGACUAUGUUAUGGGUGAAAAAGAAAAAAUGCCAUGUGUCAAGAAACCGCUACCGCAUUCUAUAUCUAGUAUUUAUUAUCUAUUAGGUGAUUUCUAUUUUAAAAAUAACAAAUGGACACUUGCUGCAAGGUAUUACUUAUUAGAUUUAUGUCUUCGUCCAACUGGAUUAAAUUCCUGGGCUGGUUUGGCCAUGUCGACUGGAACUAUAAUAGAUAUUUGGCUAACCAAUUAUAGACUUAUAAGCGAGGAUAAGUUAUUAAUGAAAGCCAAAAUAGCUCAAUCUAGUUAUCGACAUGCUACUGAAUUAGCACCCAAUCAUGUAAUAAUCUGGACUGAAUAUGGAAGUUUCGUUUACAUGAUUCAUUCGUUUUGUUCACGAUUGUUGAAGCAAGAGACUGAUACAUUAAGUAUGGAAAAAUUUGAAGUAUUAGAAAAUAGAAAAGAGGAAAUGUUAGAAAUCGCAGAACAAUGUUUUCAAUCGUCUAAUCGAUUAUUUAUGGCAUGUCAUGGUAUUGACAACAUUAAUAAAAUUCAAGAUGAAAGAUGGUUGUGUCAAUAUAUGCUUGGUAAAAUAGCGGAAAAGAAAAAUGAAGAUCCCCCUAUAUUUCUAAGUUGUUAUGCACAGGCUAGUAAAUUACUAUAUGAAAAUAAUGCAGAGUAUCCUCGUAGAAUUAGUCAUAAAAAUCCUCAAUAUCUUUCUAUUGAGGCAUUAGAAGUGCAUUAUCGAAUUCAUGCGAGUAUACUUAAAUAUCUUGAACAACAUGAAGGUAAACCUUUAAAAAAAUCAUUAGGCCAAUUGUUUCAAUGGCAUCUUAAAAAUUGUUCCGAAGGAUCUUUUAUGAAGUUUCAAUCAAAACUAUGCGAAAAGAAGAAGGAAAAUGAUUCGGAUGCCGAUACAAAAGCUACUGUCGGAAAAGAUCUUGACAAUUUAUCAGAAACUUAUAAAAAUGUUGCCUGUGUUAAUCAACGUUCCUACAGUAUCGAAGAAAUUGAAAUUAUAGAUAGAAACACUCAAGAUAAAAACCUUGAUGGCAAUCGAACUAGUGAAAUAUUAAAAUCGGAAAACCGUAAAAGAUCUUUGGAUAAUCAAUCCAAUGAUAAUACAAAGCGAUUAAAAUUGGGAAAUAUUUCUCAUCUUCAAUUGAUGCAGGAUGUUGUAGCUUUGAUAGAUGAUUUAAUUACAAAAGUCUGUGACAUGGUGUUGCAAAAGGAAAAGGUAACAGAUGAUAUUAUGGUGUUAUCGAGCGAUGAAAGUAAUGAAACUAGGUAUCAAAAGAAAAAAGGAGAGUCAAUGAAGAAUAUCGACAUUAAUAAAAUGCAAUCAAAAGAGGAGAAAAAUAAGAAAAAUAUAUUAGACGUGUCUAAAACAAACAUAUUUGAUUCUUGUAAAAAAAAUGAAAACGUGCAAGAUUUAAUGGAUGCUCUUAUGAAACAAGCAAUGGAAAUGAGCCAGGAAACGCAGCAAUCUUCGUUUGAUGACGACGAUACAAGGAAGUUUGAAGGCAAAUGGCUGCAAAAUGAAGAUUUACAAACUACUGAUAAGGAAACAAAAGAUAAAGCAGGAGAUAAAAAGAGAAUGCAUAUAUCUGCUCCUAAGCAAGAAGCUACUUUAAGUAGAAGAGGUUCUCAAGAAAGUACUACAACAACGCAAACAACAACAACUACAGAAACGAAUAAUUCUAGUUCGAGUAGUAGUGAUGAAUCUAGUAGUAGUGAAGACAGUUCUGAAAGUGAUAGUUCUAGUGACAGUGAUAGUGAUUCCGUUGAAAGUGAUAUCGAGAAGAAAAAGAGAGACAAUGAUAUCACAGAGAAAGAAGAAUACAUGACUGAUGAAGAAGUAGCAACUUUAAUCGCAUAUUGCCUGGCAGGAUUGGAACAGUGCAUAUUAAGGUUUAAUGAACAUCAUAAAUCUUUUUAUCGACUUGCUCAUUUUUUCUUUAACAAUAGAACAGCUAAAGAUACUACUAAAUGUAAAGAUAUAUUAUUGGGUACAUACAAUUGUCAAUUUUAUCCUGGACAAAGCUUUCAAGGACUUUUUGCAGAUAGGAAGAGUACCAACUUCUUUAGUGGUAUAUGGCAUAUACCAAAUCGUGAAAUUGACAGACCAGGAAGUUUUGCAUCUCAUAUGUCAAGAUGUGUAACAUUACUGAUGCAAGUAUUAAAAGAAACAAAUGAUAGUCGAAUGUUAAUGCAAUUGUGUAUUCAGCUUGCGAAGAUACCUGAUUCUGACAAGAAAUACUUACGCGAUUCUGAAAGAGAGCAAUUAUCUCGUCAAGCGUUAACUCUUUGUUUACAAUCUUUAAGAAGUAGAGUACACACAAUGGGUUCACCCAGUACAAUGGACAGUGUACAUCUCAUAAGAACUGAUUCAAGAACUCAAGUUUUAUUGGAUGUAUAUAAAAUAUAUCAACAAGUUCAAAAACACUUUCAAACCAAGGAACCCACUGUACAAGCAUUCUCUUCACUAUUAAUCGACACAUAUAAAAUCUACAUUGGCAAUAAAAAUUUAGAUGGUAAUAUUUUGGAAAUGGCUAUUAAAUGUUGUCAACGACAGAUAUUAGCUAAUAAAAUAGCUGCAACAAGUAAUCCUGGAAAUAAUACUUUACCAACUUCGACUGCAUCUGCGACUCCAGCUACUACAUCUCAAACACAAGUUAAUUCAACGUCACCUCAAGCAUCUCAAAAUCGUAAACCUUACAAGAAUUUAACGUCGACAGGUAGACCAAGAGGAAGGCCACCCAAUGUUAAUAAAUAUUUACAAGCGAUGCAACAAGGUGAUAAUAUAAAUCAAUUUAAUUCUAAGAAUAUUUUUACAAAUUAUAUAGCUGCACCAGAAAAUCAUGCACUCAUGAAUCCCUAUUUUAUGAAUCCACUAGUAGAUCCAAAUGUGUUAUCAGCAAUGAUUGCUAGUUUGAGCAGUAACAUGAUGGCUCCCUUGCCAGGGAUAAACUAUUUAAAUCGAAUAGGAAAUUACCAGGAGUAUAUUAAUAGACAAUAUCAAAGGAAUCUUUCGUCAUUAUCUAAUCUAACAAACAGUUUAAACAGUACUACUGCUACUGUACCCAGUAGCAUUAGUAACAUACAAACAAUGAGUACAUCCAGUUCAAGCACAACUACACCCAGUAGUAGUAUAAAUAAUCUCACUAAUAUUAACACAUUAACAGUACAGCAAUUAUUAAAUUUGACAAAUUCUACCGUUCAAAAUACACGAUCACCACCAACGUAUCAUCAAGCAACAACGACUAAAACUGUUACAACUAUGUCAAUGACUAAAGAUAGGCCGAACAUAUCUAUUACUCCAGUAAGUACAGCAUUGCCACAGAAGAGCAAACCUAGUAGGCCAACUACGCAAACUGAUGCAUUACCUGUUAAUAUUCCAAAGUCUCUUCAAAUUUCACAAACUUCUAAAACUUCUCAUCCUUCUACAGCACAGGUUUCGCUUCUUAAGCCAUCUAUUAUUCAACAAGUUAAAACAAGUCCACCAAAACAAAUGACUGCCCCUCAAAUUCGUGUUUCAAAAUCAUUAACCGAACCUCAACCUGCUCAUAAUCCUUCAUUAUCACAUGCACCUUUGAAAAGUAGCAAUCAAUCGAAUUCAAACGUAGUACCACAAGUAGCACACGCAUCGAUUAGUCAAUCUUUAAAUUUAAAGCCAUCAUUGCCAAUGAAUUUACCUACAUCUCGAUCAGGUACUUCAUUGCAACAUAAAUUAUUAUCGAAAAAAAAUUCUCAGAGAUCGUAUCCUACAUAUACGCAAAGUUCUAUAAGAAAACAAAAGCCGAGUAAUAAAAGUGUACCAAUUAUGUCGAGUAAUUUUUCCAACAUGGUAAAUAGUAUGACAGGAAAUUCAUCAUUAGGACAAACAUCUUUUAUACCUGCUGAAUUAAGUGGUAUAUCAGUAAGUCCGGUAACACAAGCAGGAAUAAAACCAUCAAGCGUUAAAACCACUAAUUACAAGAGACCCCCAACAAAACCCAAAUCUGGUAUAAUGGAUGUACCAAACCCAUUAUCAAGUUCAUUUCCGCAAGCAACAUCUGUGGAAGCACUUUCUAUGUUGUCUCAAUUACAACAACAUUCACAUUUAGAAAUAAUACCUCAACAAAAAAAUCCUCAGAUAAAAGCAAACGUAGAUUUUACAAAAAAUCUCUCUUCGUCGGUUAGUGUUGUUCCACAAAAGAAACUUGUUUCUGAACCAUUGAGGCAGCCGAAUUCCGAUUGUAUGACGUUAUAUGAUUUGCCAAGAGGAAAGUCUGCUAAACCAGUCGAUAAAUCUGCAAAUGAUAGUGUAGAGAUCAUUACGUUAGAUGAUUAAAAUAAUUAUAAUAUUCUCGAUGGCUUUAUCAUAAUGUAAUAAAUUUUUCCAUUCGUCUUUUGUUAUCUAUGUAAAUGUUACAUAAAUUAUAUAAUUAAGUAAAAGUAAUUAGCACAACUCUAUCGGAAUAAGAGUCUAUUUGAUCUAUUUAAUAAAAAAUUAAUUUACUUUUUAAUCCUUCGUUAAUAAAGCAAAAAUUAUAUAUUAUGCAAUCAAAUAAAUGAUUGUUAUGUAAAGACUGAAUUAUUGUAAUAAAUUACAUAAUAAUACCAUUUUCAAGAUAAUCAAGAUUAUUAGAUUGAGAUCCACGAAUUAUUUUCUAAUCUUAUAAGUCAUUAAAAUGCUAUAAUAUUUACAAGGAUACAAAAAAAUCUUUACAGAAUGUAUAAUUGAACAUUUAUUUUGGGUUGUUAACGA